UUUCGAUGUGAAAAUACUCAUUCUACUCCAAAUUGAGAUAUUUUUAUCAAUCAAGUUUUGUUAGAAUUGUGGUUAUAUGGAGAAUUGAAAAGUGCAGAUUUCUCAUUAAAUUUAUGGAAAAGUAAGAAAUUCAUUUAUUAUAAAAAAGGGCAUGUUUUGAUUUAUUGGAUGUUGUAAAGAACUCUCGUACGAGCAAAGGUCUGUCCAGCUGGGUAACCCUCUCCAUUUCAGUUCAUUGCUCCCAUUAGGAGCACCGGAUAAUCUGACCACCUGACACUUGCCAGAAUUUUCAACAUUUUCUUUUGCAUUUUUCUCCAUGACACCUGACACUUUCCAGAAUUUUCAACAUUUUCUUUUGCAUUUUUCUCCAUUUAGUAGUGAAGAACUAUACUUCUCUCUUUCUGAGAUCAUAAUAGAAUAGUUGUAUAAUCUCGUGUCAAGAUCUGGAAAGAAUCGGACAAUUUGAAAGAUUACCGCAGGUCUCUGAAAAUCUCCAUUUUCGGUAGAAAUCAAACUUUUUUUUAAUAACAAUGAACGAGUUAAAAAAUGUAAAAAAAUAUUACCAUUAUUUUUUGGAUCUCUGCGAAAGAUUGAAUAGUGAAAUGAUGAUUAAAUGUUGAUAUUUUCCUCACAAAAUAUUGGAUCAAAAAUGCAGAAUCGUUUUUACGUACAUUUUAUCAUAAGAAAUCUUUAAAGCGACGUGCUGUCAUAAGAAACAUUGUAAAAAAUCGAAAAAAAUUACACCGUUUGUUCAUUUUAUGUACUAACAUAUUAGGGUAGCCGUGAAACUGAAAUUGGAAUUUUCUUCUCGUGAGUCUACCUAAUAGACAACGAUUAUUAAGGGACAUCAAUGCCCACGAGACCUAAAAAACUGAAGAUCGUGAAUCCAGAUAUCAUUGCCGUGUUGGAUAGGGCCAAACAGUAAUCGCAUGGCCGCACGGGUGUUAGCAGCAACCUUAAUGACAGUGGGCAUAACUCUGGAAGAGGUCCAUUUAAGCUCCGAAACUCUUCAUCGGAAUCGACAGAAACAACGCGAGGUGUUGGAUCACAAAAUCGAGGAUAAUUUUAAAAAUAGACUGUCUCAUAUCCUAACAGUGCACUGGGAUGGCAAACAACUAUCGGCACCUGAAAACAAAUUUGAAAAAGUUGAUCGCCUCCCAGUCCUUGUGUCAGGCUAUGGAUGGAAUCAAUUGCUUGGUGUUCCCAGACUCGAAAGAGGAACUGGGGAGUUGCAAGCAAAAGCCGUUCACCAUUGCCUGAAGGAAUGGGACGUCGUUGAUAACGUAUGCGCCAUGGUAUUUGAUAUCACUGCCAGUAAUACAGGCAGCGUAAAUGGUGCCUGUAUCCUGCUUGAGGAAUUACUUGAGAGGGAUCUUCUGUACUUAGCAUGUCGUCAUCAUGUCUAUGAACUCGUCUUGAAAACAGCAUUCGAGUCAUCAAUGGGAGGUACAUCUGGGCCAGACGUUUUGACUUUCAAACGAUUUCAAGUGUACUGGGGCAAGAUUAGAAAAGGAGAAUUUUCGCCCGAAGUGAACGACAUUGCAGUAAAAGAAGCACUGCAUGAUAAUAUGGCAGAUGACCUCGCUUUUGCUGAAGAACAAUUGGAGAAAAAGAAUAUCCGCAGCGACUACAGGGAGUUCUUGGAUCGUAAUUUUCCUGGGUGGAAAUUUGAUGAAAGGGAAUCGUUUCCGAGCGCUUGGGCCGAUUCAUCAUGCUAGGUGGAUGUCUAAAGCGAUUUAUUCACUGAAAAUAUUCUUGUUUCGAGAUCAAUUUCGUCUAACAUCCCAAGAAAGUUCAGGUUUAAGAGAUGUUUGCAUUUUUAUUGUUCGCCUAAAUCAGAGAGCUUGGUUCACGGCUUCAAGUGUAGUAAGCGCUCCUAACAGUGAUUGGGAUCUGGUGAAAGACUUAUUGACAAAUUCUGGUAGUGCUAAUUGUAUUUCCGCAAAAGUUUGUAAAGCGGUAUCUGAGAAAUUAGUGAACCAUCUCUGGUAUUUAUCAGAAGAACUGAUUGCUUUAGCUUUUUUUGAUCCAAACGUGAGUGGUGAGUGUAAAAGGAACAUGUGUCGCGAUCAAAUCGCGUGCUCCUCUCGAUGAUGGUAGGAAAAAGAGAAAAAUAGGAAUCAAAGAUCGGAAAUUAAUUCAAGAGUUGAGUUUGGACUCGUUUGUUACUACAAAUACAAUGAAAUUUUUUGAGAUUCUAAAAAUUAAUCAUAGUUUUUUGGAUACUGAUCAGACAACUUGGGAGGCGAGAGGAGAUUUCACCAUCGCCUUGGAAAGUAAGACAUUUGCAUGUGACGAACGACGUUGCUGAAAGGAGUGUGGCUCUCAUCAGCGAGUAUAAUGACUUACUCACAAAAGAUGAGAGCAGCAAACACCAAGUAAUGUCAAUUGUUGAAAAAUUGCGCGAAGUAUCACCCGAUUGUACAAAAGAUAGUCUCAAAUUUUCAUUCAGAAAGUUACUUCAGUAACAUGCCAACCGAAUCUUCAAUUAGUAUACAUUAAAGUAUUAUUGUCAGUGUACCAUCAUAGAGAAAUACUCUCUCGAAAGUGUAAUCAAACUUUUCAACUAAAUAUCAAAUGUCAUACUUAGUUCUAAUUCUUGUCUGAACUCACUAAACUAAUUGCCACCUGGAAAUUUUUCCCUUCAAUUUUUUUCCGUUUGUUUCAUAUUAAUGAGCUAUA